AUGUAUGGUGUUGCAGCUCCAAUCGCGCACAAUUUCAGCCCUCUCUCAGCAAUCCUGAGAUGCAUUGCUAGACCUGCUCCUCCCUAUUCAACAGCUGCAGUAGCCUAUUUGACAGCUGUGAAAAAGAAGUGCGAAGGUUGGCUCAGGACACAACAUGUCGACCUCACCCCAGCUAAAAGGCUUCCAUUAUUCAAAUGUCAAUUGUACCCGAACGCUUUGACUUCUUCAGUUAUUCACCAAUUUACCGUUAUGCACCUAGAAUGUCGAACCUUGGUCAUAGUGAAUCCCAUUGACCCCUCAUUCUGCCUGUUGAGCACAUGGGUCCCUCCUGGCAUUCAAGAUGCGUUGAAUGAGGCACGCAAAGCAGAGCUAUGCGCUCAGGCUGGACUGAUGGCAAUGUACCUUGAUAUUGAUGGUUACAAUUCUCACCAGUGCAAUACCAGUUCGGAACUACUUUACUUGCAGGCAAGGAUGAAUCAGGCCAAAGCUGAGGUGGAAGUUUAUGAACUGGCCAUCGAAAACGCGCCUGCAUCCAACUUCUCUGACAAUGGUAUUGAUACCCCUGCAGCUUUGUCAUCAUCAUUACCAUGUCCAAAUCCUCCGCCACUUCUACCCGAGGAUGUCUGUCACUACAAGGAGUACAUCAAUGCCAAAUCAUUGGACGAUAGCUCUUCUGAACAUUUAUGCUAUUUGCCAAUUUUCAUCAAUAUGAAAGCCGCACCAGAGAGGACAAGUAUCAAGAUCGAAAACAUCAAGUAUAUUGGGCAACAUUCAACUUCCUGUGGAGAAUUGACCAAGGCUCUUGUACUGCCGGGCACGUUAGAGACCAAUAUCCUACGCCAACCCACACACCAUCUUGUGAAGUAUCGCGGGGGACACGGUCACAAUGUUCAUUGGAACAACAUAUUUCAAUGGGCGUGUCAAUAG